AUGGAGCCCUCAGAGAAAACAAAAUUAGUCAAUCAGAGAGGUGUAGCAAAGGCCGCUCUCGCGCGCUUUGUGCAGUCUGCAGACACUGCCAGCAUCGAAAUGUUGGAAUCAAAAUUAAGUCGAUUGACUCGGAUUCAGACUGAUUUUGAGUCGUCUCAAACACGGCUGGAAACUGAAGACGAAUCAGCAGAUCAUAGUAAGGACAGGGCAGAAUUCGAGGAUUCGUGGGACUUUGAAGAAUCCACUAUCAAGGACUCAAUGAAGAGGUACACCCAGCUUCCGCAGCCUUUGGGCUCGAAUCCAUCAGGCAGUGUCAGUUCUUUGAAACUACCCACUAUGAACUUGCCAAAAUUUGAAGGUGACUACCUUAAGUGGUCAUCAUACAGGGAUACGUUUUUGAGUCUCAUUAUGAAUAACAAUUCAACUGAUGACGUUCAAAAACUUCACUACCUUAAUUCGUCUUUGCGAGGUGAAGCUAAAGACCUUUUGAAACAUAUACCUGUCACAGCAGGAAAUCUAGCGAUAGCCUGGGGACUUAUUACGCAGAGGUAUAAUAGCCCAAAAAUAAUUGCAGCCAGACAUGCUAAGGCUUUGUUGGCCUUGCCUACAGUCGGUCAUGGCGCAGCGAGCGAUUAUAGGCAACUAAUUAAUCACAUAUACAGCCAUUUGAAGGCCUUAGAAGUUCUCAAACCUGAUGUUCCACUUCAUGAAGUUAUUCUUUCGGAAGAGAUUCUGUCUAAUAUGCGACCCACAGAUCGUCAUGAGUGGGAGGUAAAGAUGUCUGGAUCAACAUUCACCACAUUAAAUCAACUAAUAGAUUUUUUGGAAACAAAAUGUCAGGCCCUUGAGUUGAUCAGGUUCAGGGAUAACAUCUCAAGGGAUUUGCAAGGAAAUGCCAAUAAUUUAAAUCAACCAAGACAUGUGAGGAGGGCUCAUCUCGCUAAUGCUGAUGCUGAGGAAUCGUGUAAUUUUUGUGGUGAACCUCAUACUAUCACUAAAUGCAAAGGGUUUCAGGCACUAAAUCUCGAUGAGCGGUGGGCAUAUGUGACAAAAAAUAAGCUUUGUUUUUUGUGCAUCCACUCUGGUCAUUUCUCGACUAAAUGCUGGAUUUCUCCUUGUAGGACCUGCAAAGGAAGGCACAACAUACUGCUCCACAAGCCUGCUGAACCAAGGAGUGGGCAGAAUAGUGAACCAGGGGGCCAUUCCUUGGCCCAUCAAGCUACGAACGGGAAGGCAAACAUCCAUUGUAAUGUUUUGUUAGCAACUGCUGUUGUCAACAUUAAAGACAGCAUGGGUAGACAGCAGGUUUGCAGAGUUCUGCUAGAUAGUGCGAGUCAGCUAUCCUUUAUAUCUAAGGGCAUGGCAGAGAAAUUAAAACUGAAACGAAGUAAACAUUCAUUUCCUGUGAAGGGUAUAAACAAUGCCUUUGCAGCCUCAGUGUCUUACACUUGUGAUGUUGAACUGUCGUCUAGGAUCAACGACUUUCAUAUCAGAACCACUUGUGCUAUCGUAGAUCAUGUCACCAGUGACCUACCGGCGAGCAAGAUAGACACAAGGUCCUGGAGUGUCCCAUGUAAUCUUCCGCUCGCUGACCCAGAAUUCAACAAGCCUGCCACAGUAGAUUCAAUUCUUGGUGCUGAGGUUUUCUUUGACGUUGUUUGUAAGGAAAGGCUGGUGAAACCAAGUUAUCCUUCACUGGUCGAAACAAGAUUUGGCUGGAUUUUGUCUGGUAGGAUGCCUUCAGCAGCAUGCAACAUGCCUCGUUCUACAGUGACCUCGUGCUUUGUUAGAGGUGACAAUUUAGAUGCCAAACUGCAGAGGUUUUGGGAGUUAGAGGAACUGUCUGCGAAAACGAUGAGUAGGCAUGUUAAAAUUUGUGAGGCUCACUUUCAGCGCCACACCACAUGA